UCCCAUCUCGUUCCGCAGAACAUGGUGAUGAGCUUCCGGGUCUCCGACUUGCAGAUGCUGCUGGGAUUUGUGGGUCGGAGCAAGAGCGGACUCAAACACGAACUGGUCACCCGGGCCUUGCAGCUGGUCCAGUUUGACUGUAGCCCGGAACUUUUCAAGAAGAUCAAAGAGAUUUACGAGACUCGGUACGCCAAGAUCUCCGAUCCGGGACAAACUCCUCAACAGCAGCAGCAGCAGCAACCGCUCCCGCCGGCCCCGCAGCACCGACCUCCUUCCGAAGCCCUUUCCAUCCAUCCUUCUUACGACCGCAACAGCACAGUAACCCGGACUGGUCUUUCUACCCCCAACAUAGACUACCCCUCCCUCUACGGAAAGUAUUUAAACGGACUCGGACGGUUGCCGGUCAAACCGGCAAAGCCUGAGGUCCGGUUGGUGAAGCUUCCCUUCUACACUAUCCUGGAUGAACUGUUGAAGCCCACGGAACUCGUCCCGCAGAACAACGAGAAACUUCAGGAGAGUCCCUGCGUCUUUGCCCUGACGUCGCGGCAGGUCGAGCUGAUCAGGAAUUCCAGGGAGUUGCAGCCCGGCGUGAGAUCAGUCCAGGUUGUCCUCAGAAUCUGCUACACAGACACCAGCUGCCCUCAGGAAGAUCAAUACCCCCCAAAUAUCGCCGUGAAAGUCAACCACAGUUAUUGUUCGGUUCCGGGCUACUACCCUUCCAACAAGCCCGGGGUAGAGCCGAAGAGGCCUUGUCGUCCCAUCAACCUUACUCAUCUCAUGUACCUGUCUUCCGCCACCAACCGCAUCACCAUCAUCUGGGGCAAUUACGGGAAGAGCUACUCGGUGGGCCUCUUCCUGGUGCGACAGACCACGUCGGCAGAGUUGUUGCAGCGAUUAAAAACCAUCGGCAUCAAACACCCUGAAUUGUGCAAGGCCCUCGUCAAAGAGAAGUUGCGACUGGAUCCAGAGAGCGAGAUCGCCACCACCGGCGUCCGAGUAUCUUUAAUAUGCCCGCUGGUAAAGAUGCGCCUGUCGGUCCCGUGUCGGGCGGAAACGUGUGCCCACCUGCAGUGCUUCGAUGCGGUUUUCUACCUGCAGAUGAACGAGAAGAAACCCACCUGGAUGUGUCCGGUGUGUGACAAACCAGCCACGUAUGAUCAGCUGAUGAUCGAUGGGCUCCUGUCGAAGAUCUUAAAGGAAUGUGAAGAUGCAGAUGAGAUCGAAUAUUUGGUGGACGGCUCC